GGAUGGAUGCUGCCGAUGCAAAGAAAAACGUCUCCGAAGUUCACCGGGUUCACGACGAAACAGCGCCCCCACGCGUGUGCGCGGCUUAAGGCGGAGCUGCGCCCCGCGCAGGAGCAGCAGCGCGCGCACAGGGCGCAGAGCGGCGCACCACCACCGCCUUUGCGUCAGCCGUCCUCGCUCAGCCAGUGACACAACACAACAUCAGCCCCCUCGCAGCAUCCGCAUCUCAACGGCCGAAGAGGACCAGGAGCACAUCCUCAUCUCAGCAUCCAUUCCACAACUGCCCGCCAUCGCCUGCGCAUCACCGACCCCAGGCGCGUUCGUCCACGGCUCGCUUUAGAGAUAUACGUGCAUUGCUUGGACUAUUUUCUUUGUUGCAUUCACGUCCUCCGAGAUGGUUUUAUGUUUUAGUCGCGCCUUGUGAGGAAGAACAGAGUCGAGACGCGGAGCAUCUCCUCCACAUCGCGAUUAUUUUCUCGUUGGGCUGGAGAUUCGCAGUGGCCAUCCUGAGACACAGAACAGCCUCCGUCGAGGUGAUCCUUACCCCCUCAUAGAGCUCUUCACGGGACGAUCUCCUCCAAUCUCCUUUAAAUGCCCAGAGGCAGCCUGUAGCCCUGGACUCCCAGCUCCCACAAGCAUCGAGGCUUUGAGACCCUCAGGAUCUCCCACGUUCUUCUGACCUAGUGAGGCCAAAGCCCCUGGAGGCCCUCUCACAGUCACCAUGGGAACCGUGCUGUCUUUGUCCCCCAGCUACCGAAAGGCGGCCCUGUUCGAAGACGGGCCGGCCACCGUGGGCCACUACACGGCCGUCCAGAACAGCAAGAACGCCAAGGACAAGAACCUGAAGCGGCACUCGCUCAUCAACGUGCUGCCGUGGAAGCGGAUUGUGGCCGUGUCGGCCAAGAAGAAGGGCUCCAAGAAGGUGCAGCCCAACGGCACGUACCAGAACAAUGUCACCCACCUGAACAACGAGAACCUGAAGAAGUCGCAGUCCUGCGCCAACCUGUCCACCUUCGCCCAGGACCAGAGCACUCCGGCCCUCACCAAGAGCUCCAACAACACGGCCUCUUCGGUCAAGAAGGCCCCCCUGACCAACUCCAACGUGGCCCCCGGGAGCCCGAAGAGGGUGAUCGUCCAGGCCUCCACCAGCGAGCUGCUGCGCUGCCUCGGGGAGUUCCUGUGCCGGCGCUGCUACCGGCUGAAGCACCUGUCACCCACUGACCCGGUGCUGUGGCUGCGCAGCGUGGACCGCUCCCUGCUGCUGCAAGGCUGGCAGGACCAGGGCUUCAUCACCCCCGCCAACGUGGUCUUCGUCUACAUGCUGUGCCGCGACGUGGUCUCCUCCGAGGUGGCCACGGAGCACGAGCUGCAGGCCGUGCUGCUCACCUGCCUCUACCUGUCCUACUCCUACAUGGGCAACGAGAUCUCCUACCCGCUCAAGCCCUUCCUGGUGGAGAGCUCCAAGGAGACGUUCUGGGACCGCUGCCUGUCCAUCAUCAACCUGAUGAGCACCAAGAUGCUCCAGAUCAACUCCGACCCCCACUACUUCACUCAGGUGUUCGCCGACCUGAAGAACGAGAGCCAGAAGGAGGAGGAGAGGAGCCGCCUGCUCAUCGGCCUGGACCGGUGAGGGGAUACUAUGGGGGGGCGGGGGGGAGUGGAGGGGCCAGGGGAGGCGGGGCAUACUCCAGUCUGGCAUUUUAAGGGGUUUUAAGGUUAUUUGUGGCAUCUUUUAUUUAUUAUUGUCCAAACUGCAGAAGAUUAGGAACGGGGUCGGCAUUUAUUCACUGAUGGAGGUCUCCUGGUUUUGUUAUUCCGAGUGUGGUUAGGAAUAGGGUUUAAAAGAAGAAAAACACCCAAUUUUUUUGCCUGUAAUUAUUGGGGCCAGAUACUAUUUUCAGCAGGGUUUGGAUUCUCUGACCUGCGAAUGGAAGCUUUUUUGACAAUAAUAUAUAAAACAAACAAAAAAAAAAAAAAAAAAAAAAAAUGCCAGACUUGGGUAAAUCCUUUGCUAACAUACAGAUGUACUAUAUCUAUAUUAAAUACUGAAAAAAAAACACUUCAGACAAAAAGACCAAAAAAAAAAAAAAAAAAAAAAAAUAGAAAAGGAAGCAUACAUCUACAGCAAUGAAUGUGGACAGGACUGAGGCUGCAGCCGCCGCCCAGUGACUUUCUGACUGUUUGACGGUGCGAUGUGCACUGCCUGCUGCGGGAGAGCGAGGGCCGUCGCCUGACUGGCUUUCUUCAUGCAUCAUGGAUGAGCAGGCACAACCCCCCCUCUCCCCAAAUCCCGGCUCUUUGGAAUGCCACCUCCAUUAACAAGGAUACGACUGGACUUUUUUUUUUUUUUUUUUUAAACAUUUUAUUUAUUUAUUUAUUUAUCUUUUUUUUUUUUUUGCUGUGAUGCAUAUCUGGCUGCCUGAGGAAAAGGGGAGCAGCGAGGGGCCACCGGUGCCGGACCCAUAUUUUUGUGGGUCACGGCUCUGGAACAGGACUCAUCACAAAAGCGCUGCAUUGUGGGACUUUUGAUUUAAGAAGAA